CGGCCCACGAUAACCCUUGAGGAUCCCUCACCUCAUCUGCCUCUCCCCUCGCCAGAAGUCGUGAGCUCAAUCGCGGCGCCACCGAAGAGACGACGUGGUAGGCAGAGCAGCGGCGGCGACCACAGCGGCGGGCGGCAGAUCCGACGGAAUGGCGGCGAAGGCGAUCUCGAGCCCCGUGCCGGUGGAGUGGUACCCGACGCUGGCCGUCGUCAUGGUCUCCGUCGGACUCAUGCUCACCGCCUCCUUCUUCAUUUAUGAAGCAACUUCAUCCAGGCGGAGCCGUAGCCUGGCAAAGGAGAUCGCAACAGCAGCUGUUGCUUCUGUAUUUCUGGGCUUUGGGUCUCUGUUCGUGCUCCUUGCAAGUGGUGUUUAUGUCUGAUCACUGGCUAUGCAAGACUAUUGUUUUGUUCUCCAGCCGUAGUUGUAGAGUAUGCCAGGUUCUGAAACUAUGCUAUCCUGGCCCUCCUGGUCGAUAUGCUCCUGGCCCUCCUGGUCGAUAUGCAGUCAUGUGACAUGUUUUAGAUGGAGCCCACUAAGCUUAUUAAUCAUACUUGUGGACUUUUGCCCUGGUCUCCGAUAUAAUGUCAGUCAAGCACUUCAUGUUGCUGGUUAUCUU